CCUGCCCCUUACCAAGAUGGGGGGCUGGGAGAGUAUAAAACAAAUAUUGCUGCCCACUGAAGCAUAGGGAAGUCAAAAUCCUGAGUGCUACCUGCUCUAUGUCUGUUCUUGAGUUUCCCACUUAGACCUGUACAAAAGAUGUUGUCACGAAAUCUUAUAAUUGCCUCGGUAGCAGUUGUCAUCCUGGCAACAACAGUUUCAACUGCUCCAGUUGAAGACAAAGAACCCGAGGAGAAUGACUUUGAAGCAGAGGAGGGUGAAGAAGAGCUCUCAGAGGAAGAAGACGAUGAUGAUGACUCCAAAGGUCAACAUAUGAAGGGAGCCGGAGCCCAGCAAGCCACAGUGGUGCCCAAAGGCCCAGGUGUGACCGCUCUACCUGGCACGUCUCUGGUGGGCCAGUCUCCAAAUGGUCAGAAACUGAAUGGAGAAGGCGCUGCACAAGCAAGCUUUGGCUCAUCCAGUGGUUCCUCAGCAGCAGCAUCAUCAGCAGCAGUAGAUGAUAUUAAUGGAAACAAUGGAAAAGACACCCAAGCCUUGCCCUCUGGCUCAAGUUAUCACGAUUCAAGUGUGUCUGGACACGGUGGGUCCACAUCAGGAGCAGUACCUGCAGGUGCCAUUAUAAUUGCAGUUGGUCAUGGGAGCUCAGGGUCAAAAGUCCCUGGUACAGUUGGGACAUCACACUCAGACACUAUUUCUCACGGCUUAACAAGCCAUGUUUCACUGAGCCAUGUAUCACCUGUCCAAGAAUCGCCUGGCCAUGCAUCACCAGGUCAGGCAUCAUCAGGCCAUGCAUCACCAGGCCACGCAUCACCAGGCCAGUCAUCAUCAGGCCACGCGUCACCAGGCCACGCGUCACCAGGCCAGUCAUCAUCAGGCCACGCGUCACCAGGCCAGUCAUCAUCAGGCCACGCGUCACCAGGCCACGCGUCACCAGGCCAGUCAUCAUCAGGCCAGUCAUCAUCAGGCCAUGCAUCACCAGGCCACGCAUCACCAGGCCACGCAUCACCAGGCCAGUCAUCAUCAGGCCACGCAUCACCAGGCCACGCAUCACCAGGCCACGCAUCACCAGGCCACGCAUCACCAGGCCACGCGUCAUCAGGCCACGCGUCACCAGGCCACGCAUCACCAGGCCACGCAUCACCAGGCCACGCAUCACCAGGCCACGCGUCAUCAGGCCACGCGUCACCAGGCCACGCAUCACCAGGCCACGCAUCACCAGGCCACGCAUCACCAGGCCACGCAUCACCAGGGCACAUGUCAUCAGUCCAAGCAUCAGGCCACGUGUCAAGUCAGGCAGGAUCGGCCCAGACCAGUGGUUCAGCUUUUGUCUCCUCUGAGAUCCAUUCUCAACCAGCAGCCUCUGAGUCAGCAGGAGAGAUGCCAGAAACUGAGAGCAAUGGCAAUGGACACAAGCAGCUGAUUAAUGGACUUGAUAAUGGACAUCCAGGUUUGGAUCACUACAUGGAGGGAACGACACAAGUAGACUUGACAGGUGGUUUUGAUACUUUUGGAUCAAGUUCACACCUGGAAUUUACAGGCAUGAUGGACCAGUCCAACCAUGACUUCCUCAUUGGUUUAAUGGGUGGCAUGGGGGACGGUUUCGCUCCAGAUCCCUACACCGAUACUAUAGGUAUGCCCUCUGACCGCACCGCUGCUCCACCAGCCGCUAUGACCACAUGUAUAAUCACUUCUGCUGUCCCAGCAGAUCACAUGGGACUCGCUUUUCAGGUAGAGUCAACAGCUGGGCCGGGUCCAGGACAUCCAGCCAGUAGCAGUUCAUCUCCAGAAACUCCAGCAGACCCGUCAGGUGCUCAUCACUCUCCUGCAGGAACUGGACCAGCUGCUUCCCUCCACUUACCUGGGUCUUUCGAUAAUGGUGCUCACCCCAGCUCACCUGGAGAUACGACAGGUGGAGCUGCAACCUUUGAAAUGAUGUCACACGCAGAUCCGUCCUUUAUGGAUUAUACAGAGGGAGCAGAAUAUAACGGAAAUGAUUACAACGGAUACAACGAUCACAACGGUGCAGAAUCACCUGAUAUUAACGGAAACGGACGCCACAGACCAGUGAUAGAUAUACACAGAGGUGAUCCUGCUGGAACUGGAAUUCACACUGAUCUAAGUUCUCCAGAUCUGCAGGCUGUUGUUUCAGAGACUCCGCACACAGCCGGUGAGCAGCUGGGCCCGGACGCUCACACCGACACAGGAGUUCUGGAUUUAAAACAGCCCACCCUCAGUCCCCUCAGCAGCAUCACCGCAGACGGAGCGGUCACAGGGGCGGAGACCCAGACAGAUCUGACAGGUCUAGCAGGGGAACCAGUGACCAGUAGACUCAGUCAGGUGGACGUUACAGCCAUGAGCCACGCCAUCUACAGUUCUAGUGCUCCAGAUACAUCAGGGUAUGAAGGAGCGGGAGUAACUGAGGGAAUCUUGAAUCACACAGAUUCUGUGUUUGAGGCUGGGCUUGGAUUUACAGGUGCCUCACAGACAGGUGACGGCGUGGGUCAGAGCGAGCGUGCCGUUACAGGAGGAACGCUGGGAGUCUCGUCACAGACCGAUGCCGUGGGCACGGCUACAUCUGAACCUCAAGGGACUCUCGGGGGUCCAAGUCGACUUGGUGCUACGGAACAGACACAACGAGCUGUUCCAGCAGGUGAACAGUACCACACAUCUGGUCAGGGUCCUGAAGGUGCAGAAAAUGUGGAACUGGAAGAUUCCUGCUGAUUUCCACAUGAAGCCGCGCGUGAAGUUCCUGCGCUACAGGUUCCAGUGUUCGGACCAGACCGACCGGCACAGGACCAGCGAGCCCAACCGCUAGCCCCGGACUUCAGUCCAGUUCUGUGUUUUAUUUUAUUUAAACGUUUCAGUGACGCUGUUCGCUAACCUGCUACUGCGCCCUGUAAUUCCUUCAUUAGCAUAAAUAACGGCAGGAACAGAAGGGGGAGGGGUCAGACGUCAGGGGGAGGAGUCAGAAAUAAUUAGCUGGAAACAGACCGGUGUUCUGCUGUGUUUUACUACCCUAUAAAAACUUGCUUCCAUGAUAUAAAUUUACAGGUAAAUCUGCCCAAAUAAAACAAUUAAAAUCAUCCUGUCAGAAAACAGUGAGUUGAAGUUUAGAAAAGAUCUGGAUGAUCUAGAUAAGCAUUCGCCAUUUACACACUUAUAACACUGUGAAGAGAAGGAUAAAAUCAAAUUAAAAUUAAAUUAAAUUCAUUCCUAGAGUAAAACGAUCAUAUCGAAUUAUCCUGGAAACAAAUUAAAACGUUUAUAGGUCUGUUUCUGUACAGAACAGACGAGUAGCGCAUAUCGACGGGUAUCAGAACUCAGCAGAACACCGGAGUCUCGCCGGUUAAAGUCGGUAUUUAAAAGCACGUAUUGUGCAGAUUUUUCCCCGUGUUUACGUCUUGCUGUAUUUCUGUGUUUAGCUGAACAUUCUUUACCAGUGUCACCAAACUGUACAUUACUAAAUGUGUCUGAAAAUAAUCACAUUAAAUUUAACGUCUAUUUUGAACAUCAAA